UAGCAACUCAUAUUCAAAAGAAACAACCAAAAUGUACAAUACCAACAAAAGUCACUAGCUUCCCUCCACAUCCAUAUCCGAACCAAAUUCCCUACUCUUCUCUCUCUUCCCGCUUUUUCCAAUCAUCCUUCACUUCUUCUCUCAUCUGCAUUCACAUCUCUCACAAAUCCUUCUUCUCCUUCGCGCCAAAUUCAGUUUAUCCUCACAGAUUCAACCACUCUACAAAAUCCCCCAAAAGUCCAUACGAAAACGGUUACAUCUACUCUAAUUGCAUCUACAAUCAGUUGUGUUAGGGUUUGAUCUGCUUCCAAUCAGUCAACGAUCGAGCCAGAUCAUGCAACAGCAGCAGCAUAAUAAGAAUCAAAAUCAGAAUCAUUCGUAUCUACGACGGCAGCUUCCGUUCACCUCGAUGAAGCCGCCGCCGUUCGGUGACUAUCACCGGUUUUCUUCAACUGCUGCCGCAAACCGCGAAUCGGAAGGCGUAGUGGUGAAAUCUCUUCCAUUGAAAAGGAAGGGAGGCGCAACAGUAUUUGAAACCGAAUCUAAUGAUCAGAACCCCACUCCUGGAAACACUUUAGCUGUUAGCACCCCUCUAAAGACACCAGUAUCUGGAAAAGUGUCAAAAGCACAAAAAGUUCCGAGAAUUGGAAAGUGUAAUAAGGCUGGACCUCAAACUGCAUUAAAUGUUGAUUCUCCAUCAGGACAUAAUCUUACUCCUGUUGGUCCCUGUCGGUAUGAUAGCUCUUUAGGCCUUUUAACAAAGAAGUUUAUCAACCUUAUUAAGCACGCAGAAGAUGGUAUUCUUGAUCUAAAUAAAGCAGCGGAAACACUAGAGGUACAAAAAAGGCGGAUAUAUGAUAUAACAAAUGUUCUAGAAGGAAUUGGGCUCAUAGAGAAAAAGCUGAAGAACAGGAUUCAGUGGAAGGGACUUGAUGGAUCAACAGGGGAUGUUGAUGAGAGUGUUACUAGUUUACAGGCUGAAGUUGAAAAUCUUUCAGUGGAGGAGCUUAGAUUAGAUGAGCAAACAAGAGAAAUGCAAGAGAGAUUAAGGGACUUGAGUGAAGACGAAGAUAAUCAAAAGUGGCUUUUUGUUACUGAAGACGAUAUUAAGAGCCUACCCUGCUUCCAGGAAGAAACCUUGAUUGCAAUUAAAGCCCCUCAUGGAACUACUCUAGAAGUUCCAGAUCCAGAUGAGGCUGUUGACUAUCCUCAAAGAAGAUACCGAAUAGUUCUAAGGAGUACCAUGGGCCCUAUAGACGUUUAUCUUGUCAGUCAAUUUGAAGAAAAGCUUGAGGAGCUCAAUCGUGUUGUGGCGAACUCAAGCGUUCCUUCAACAUCGACAAUGAUCGAGAACCCGACUACAGAAACAACAAUCGGGUCGGGUCAAGGAUCUGAGAUUGGGAUGCAAAGAACCGACAGUACUAAUGCAUGUUUAGAUGUUAAUGCAUCUGAUGACUUCGUUAGCGGGAUCAUGAAGAUAGUUCCAGAUGUUGAUAGUGAUGCAGACUACUGGCUUUUAUCAGAUGCUGAUGUUAGCAUCACCGACAUGUGGAUGACCGAAUCGAGUGUUGAAUGGGAUGAUACAGGCCUGCUUCAAGAUGACAAUGCCAUGACUGGUGUAACCACCCCACAACACAAAACACCAAAUCCAGAUACUCCGCAAGUGCAUUCUGAUGCAAACCCUACAGGAACAAACUGUUUGGGAUGAAAACAGUAAGAACCGAAUGUAAAGUAGAAAUAAAUUCAUGUUGACAUCUUGCUGUUUAAUAAAAUUAGGGUUUCAUCAGUAGGUCGUAUUUUGUAAAUACUCGAGUUUCAUAGCUUUCAUUGUGUAGGUUUUGUAUCAUAUAAUAAUAAUGAGGAUGUCUGAGUUUGCAUAUUUUGAAUCGAUUAUUUGAUUA